GUUGUGUUCACUGUAUAGACAUCAGUUUUGAUGACAGCAGGGAUGGCUUCUUUCUCAAGUCACCAUACCACAAGUUCAAGCCACAAGAGCCGAGCAUUGUUCGCGAGUCUCUGAUAUUGACUCACCCUGCCGAAGUCUACAAGCUGAGGGCCAGUUACGGGCCCUUCGAGAUGUAUGAGGUAGUACCAAAUGAGGUCAUCACAAACAUUAUCAAAUACGGGGAGCUGUUCGACAAGACAGAGUCCGGCAUGCACCGAUAUGUUAUUCAUAACAUGGACAUCAGCGCUCAUCUGGUGUCCCAGAUGGUCAGUCGUUCGAACCCCAUGGUCCAGGUGUUAGUUCAUGCUCUGCCGCUCACCCAAAGACACAAGCAGGAUCUCAUUUACAGCUACUAUGGAUACAGUCAAAGAUGGUGUGCUCAAAUCUUCAUUUCCAGGGGGGAAGAACAGUACACUUCUGUUUGUGUUCUGAACGGAGACAGCAAUGCCUGCGUGGCCGGUUUGCAGGUCCCGGAUCACUGGUGGGACACAUCGAAUGCGACUUUAUCGGGUCUCAACAUUUCUGUGGCCUAUGACCUGUCGCGGGUAGAGCAGAACCAGGAGUGUGCCAGUAUGUCAAAUACUAUCGUACCUGCUCGAGCCGACCCCAACCCUGCUAGUUUGGAUACUAAAUUUAUCUCCUUAAUACAACUUGCAAGGGAUUCAAUAAUUUAUGAUGAGUAUAAGGAUAAGGAUCUCAUUUUUAGGGUUCCGCAGGGAGAUUUGAGGCCUAAUAGCAGGUUUCAGGUCCCAGUUUUGGUAGGGAAAAAUUCACCACUCAAGGAAUUUGUGAUACAGGUGAAGGUUCGAGGAGGUCUGCUGGUUGAAGGAGCCUCACCGGUGGCCAACAGCCCCUGGAAUGUUCUCUUUGAGGCCGGGGACAAGGAUGGAAUUGCUCAAGUGACUGUUUCUCUGAAGGAGGAUGUGAAGAACAGCAAGAGUUUCCAGCAAGAGGAGAUCAUGCAGUGGCAGUUCAAGGUCCUGUCUGCUUCAAAUCCCCCAGCUAUGGUGAGAAUCGUUUGGACUGUGGACUACAAGAAGAAUGGACUCUCCAGGAAUGCCUACUUCUCCCCCGAGGGUAGCAGGAUUGCUGCUAAGUUGAAUGUGGCCACAAACCAGAUGGACAGUCUUGUGGCCGUCAUGAAG